CGCCCCUCCCCUCCGCACCCGCCCCUCGCCUCCUUCGCUCGCCACUUUUAAUGGCGAUAAGUUGUUAACGACUUCCAAUCGUGGCCGGCGUGUUCACGUCUCGCUCGGUUGGACACUCUGACCGAGUGCUUUGUUUCGUUUUUCACCCACCCCACCUCGCCCACCACCCCCCACCACUACCAACCACUCACUACUACCACCACUACCAACCACUCACUACCACCACCACUACCACCCGCCACGACCACCACUCGCCACUACGAGCUCCACCAACCACACACUUUUGAGAUGUGGCCGCACCACCAUCAUCACCACCACCAUCAUCACCCCCUCCACCUCCUCCUGCUGCUGCUGCUGGUGCCGUCGCUGGCGAACGGCUUCGCGCAGUCCCUGGACGGGGACUUCACCUUCUCGCUGCCCGCGGGUCGCACCGAGUGCUUCUACCAGGCGCUCACCGCGGGCGCCUCCAUGGAGGUGGAGUACCAGGUGAUUGAUGGCGCGGGCAUGGACGUGGACUUCUCAAUCUCGUCUCCUACAGGACAAGUCCUCUUUGCCGAGUACAGGAAGUCAGAAGGACUCCAAAGCGUGGAGGCCAAGCAGGACGGAGACUACAUGUUCUGCUUCGACAACAGCUUCAGCCAUGUGUCGGAGAAGGUGGUGUUCUUCGAGGUGAUCUUGGACAACAUGGAGGUGGAGAAGGAUGACAAGCCAGCAUGGAAGGACUUUGUGGAAGUCGAUGAAAUUAUUGACAUGAAGCUGGAGGACUUGCAGGAGACCAUGGACAACAUAAAGACCCGCCUCGGCAAAAGCAUUCAGAUGCAGUCCGUGCUGCGAGUCUACGAGGCCCGCGACCGAAAACUGCAGGAGACCAACUUCGAGAUGGUCAACCUGUGGUCGGGGAUCAGCAUGGUGGUGCUGGUGAUGGUGGCCGGCCUGCAGGUGUACACGCUGCGCAGCCUGUUCAACGACCAGCGGCGCGUUCGCACGUAGCGCUUGGUGCCAGCGCUCGCUCGCAUGCACGCACCACGCCUGAGCGUGCACAUAGCGUGUGCGACGCUGGUGCUUCACUGGGGGAGAGGGGGGUGGGAGGGGGGAGGGGAUCUCGUACUCAAACGCCGAUGGAUGUUAUCUUGUAGAUGCACCACCUAGCCUGUGUGUCCCCGGUUGUUCUACAUGAGUUUUGAGACUUUGUUUUAAUGAGCGACUUUGAAAUCUAUGGUUAUUGUGAUUUGGCACUCCCAUUGACAGUGCCUAGUGAUGUAUCUGUGAUGCCAACCCAUGUACAGUUUAAUACUGCAUCAAUGCAAUGACAUCACUAGGAAGCUGUGACUUGAGUGACCAUGAUUAUAAAAUAAUGUUUAUUUAUAACGAAGCCAAGAGCGUAUCACACAGUCUAGGUACAUAUCUGCAAGCGUCUUACCUUAAAGCCACAGGAACACUUAGGGGCUUGAAACUUGGGUUUCAAAAGACCAGAAUUUUUUGGCUCGCAGCUUGGGAUUUUAUAUCAGAAUCAAGCAGUUUUAUAUUAACAUUACUGCAUUGAGUAGCAGAUGAAGUAACUGGUAGCUUGUAUAUAAAGCACCUACAUGUAGUGUACUCGAAGUGUCUUUAUGCUCAUUGGAGCAUGGGACUUGUGCUUAUCACUGCAAGUGAUUCUAAGCCAGUGGUGGGAAUUCCACUUUCAUAUGAUAGUGGCCUGAUUUCUUAUAUUGUUGUGUUAACAUAGCCAUAUUUUCAGCAUCUUGAUCUCAAGAUGCUGAUCCCAAGAUGAUGGCCUAGUGUUUCAAUGGCUAUGAGAGCAGUUAAUUCCGUUAUCCCACAGCAAUUCAAAAUUAGUUCCUUUUUCCCAUGGCGAAUUAUGCAACUUAUUGUUACGACAACACCAUUCUUGGCAUUUGUUAUUACACAGAACACACUCCAUGCUGUUAAUCCACUGGCAUUGUGCAAUCAGAGAUUAAGUGCGGUUGUGUAUUUGCUUGCAGUGCCUCACAAUGAAUAGCAAUCUUCCAGCACUGACAGCUUAAGUGGUGGUAGGUUAAAACCCUGGUGUUGUACGAGACGAUCUUGCCUAGUUUAUGCGCAUCAGUUGUACAAAGAACAAAUAAACAUCACCUGAUUUAGCCCACUUUAUAAAUCACACAUUUAGCCGGGACCUUCAAUAUCAUUGUUCGAGUCAUGUAUUAUCAUCUGGUGGAUGAUUGUCUUUUGGUAGGAUCAGUGUAGGAAUAUAGUAGCCUCAGUUUUCUGAACUGGGGACUGAAAAGGGCAUUAAUGCUUUCAUGCAUUUUCUGUUUUAUAGAUUUUAGUGGGGAGCAUUUCUCUUGGAAAUGUUAAGGUCAAUAUAUUGUAGCUCAUUUGGUAGACAUUCUCUUAUUGAGCGCAUGGAGUUUAAAUCCUGGCCAGUCUACUUAUAGCUCACUCCGCAGUCUAUACAAUGAGUACCACUACGUAUUUGGAGACUUGGUAGCCACCUUUUUCAAAGACCCUCCAUUUAUUGUAGGACACUUCACCCGCGUAGCAGCAACAAUUCUUUGAUGGGGUGUGAGAUUAAUAACGAUAAGAAAACGCACGAUAACAAUACAUGUUACACGCGUGAAGGCACAUUACACUUCCGAUUAGCACGAUUGGCUACAUACGCUUGGAAGGAAGUUCAACAUACAUCGUAUUAUCUUCAUUGGUUCUUUAGGUAAAGUCAGGUAUGUGAUUUAUUUAAAUUUUAUUUUAUUUCUACAUACGUUACUUUACCGAAAGAACCAAUGAAUAUAGUAAUUCCUGCAGUCACGAAAGCUUAAAUUCUAUACAUAGUAUAUUUUCACGUUUCUCGCCAAGAUGUGUUGACCCUUAAAUUAUAUGUGUAUUGAGAAUGCCAAAUAGGAAUAUUCAAAAAAUGUAAUAUGCAAUUAAGAGAGGCCAGGAAAAAUUGUUAUAGUUCAAUACCAAAUGUCACUGAGAAGGGUGACACAGAUUCUACAUACACUAGUCAUGUGUUCAACGGUUUUUUCAGACCAAAACAUUCUGAACCUUAAUUUAUUUGUGAUGCACGUCUCUAAAUGUGUUAAUACAUGCAUUCCCUUUUGGCAUUCACUUCCAUUGCAUAACAUUGUCUUUUGGUCCAGCAAGGCACAAGAUGGAGUUCAUAUUUGCAUUGAUCCUGCCAACAGAUGUGUUUUUACAUUAGUCAUUGGGUUUAUUUAUAAUCAAAGCUUAAUUAGACAAUAACUCAAGAUUACUAUUUGGGUGAAAUCAGGUUAAAUAUUUGAUUUUAAUCUGUUUAUGUUGGAGAAUAAAGUAAAGACUUCCAUGCACGACCUGGAGUACUUGAUGAGACAGCCACACCUGCCAAAUGGGCCUGAAUGAGUUUAGUGACAUGAAAUAUUUUUAAAUAAUAUACAAAUUAGAGUAAUAUUUCCAGACCUCUUAAUUGUAAAAUUAAUUUAUAUUUUUCCUAAAAGUUUUUUUUUUAACGCAAGUAGUCCUGUUUUAUUUUUGUAUUGGUGAUUAUUUUUCCAAUGCUGGACUUGGCGGAAUCGUAACGUUUCAAUCAAGGGCUGAAAUGUCAGAGAUUCUAUGUAGUGACAUUAAAUACUAGUUGUGAAUGUUUAUGUAAUGAUAGCACAGACAUUUAAAAUAUGGCCUUUUUUAGUGCUAUACCAUGAGUUGUGUGGGUGUGUGCCUUCUUAAGUGGACGAUUCACUUAUACUGAUGACUUUGUUAACUGGGUUAUCUUGCAGUGCAAAUUGAGAGCAUGUGUUUUGUGUAAAUGUGACUAAUUUUUGGCUGGAGUUCAAAUAUUUUACUCUUCGAAUUCAAUCAUCUUUUUGUUGAUAAUCUUGUGAAUGGUAUAAGGGGUGGUUAGCAGUGUUUCUUUGCAUGUAUUGUGAGCUUAAUAUUGAUUAAUCAAACCUUAUUCCACCCUUGGUGUAUGGGGAAACACCUCUAUUUUGUGACAUUUUGACACAUCCACUAAUUUCCAGAACAAACCAUGAUGGGACGGUUGAUAAGCGUGGAACGGGCGGUUCACAGAGGUCGCAGCUUCACUAUGGCUGACCAAUGGGAGAUCACGGACGUAUCCAGAUGUAUUUCUCGCUGGAUUGGCUGAUGUGUACCUACUCAGGUCCCCAUGAAUCCCAUAUGUGCUAUUUAAAUCCCGAUCAUGUCCUGCUUGGUGUUGUGAGUGCGAGGUAUCACUGAAUAAGCGUCACACCGGGAUAUCCACCCGCACACACACACACACGUGCCAUUAUUUUAACUGUUUAUACUGUGAGCAUCGAUAUAGCCAUACAUGGAAAGUGGUGAGAAAUUGAAGGGGUCCCCUCGCCUGCAUGCCUCGGUCUUCAAAAAAACACCACGAUAUGGCCUUAACUAUGUAAAGUUGUGUUGGAGAUGUGUUUGCCUUCAGUUUGUAAUCGUUACCUAAUUUGAAGGUGCAGCCUCUGGCUGUUGGGUUAAACUUGCUGAGAGGGACGCUCCUUCCACUGUUUGGUCAGGGGGGGGGGGGGGGGGGGGGGGGGUCUUAUUAAAAGCUCUAUCUUGUGUUGAGCACAAGCAUUGCAUUUUGUUCAGAUAGUUCAAAGAAUACAACGCGAGGGAUGGUUAAAUCCUGCUCGAUUGUGUUGAACAAAGAUUGUGUUCGCUUCAUGCUGCCUCAUUGUACGGUCACAAUCAGAAUAUGUACGUAGUUUGUAAGCCUUGAAACAAGAUAUUGUUUUCACCACAAUGUCUAUAUUGUGAAAUUCACGUAGGCGAAAAAAAGCAUGAAACAAGAGUUUACAUUCUAUCGACACGGCUCCAUUUACUGCAAAUGAAGGCGAUUUUGCGUUCUGCAAGCUACGUUUUCUUGUGGUCUUCAGAAUCCAUAUUGUUUAUUCUUCAUACCAGAAUUGGUAUUAUAUAUUCCACGAUCAAAUAAAUGUAUUAGUUUAUUGCAUCAAACAACAAACCGCUGGGCUCCACUCAGCUAUUCAUCAAGCCUAGUGUUGAGCUGGAUGGGGGUUUUUUUCCCGCCUCAAUUCAACAUUGUGUUACAGCAGUGGGUUCCAUGCCUAAGAGGCCCUGUUUAACGUAGAGCUCUCACCAUCACAGGGGCAACUGUAAUGGGAGACGGGGUUUUAGUUUUUGUCGUUCACUCCACCCCCCCAUUGCCCACGGUGGGCGUGGGCGGCAGUUGGCUCCGUAAAUUUAGCUCGGGCCCCCCCCCCCCCCCCCCUGGUCUCGGCAGCGAGGCUGGAGGUGCUCAGCUGCUCAUCGCUCCGAAAGAUAGUGCACGCGGCCUCCGCAUCGUGUUUUAUACGGAAACCCUAUGGUACCUGUCGUGAGUUGGACUGCCAAAUUGUAGACGAGGAGGAGACGGUCGAUCGUUAACCCCCUCCCAUCAACCCCCGUCUGUAAUGUCAGCAGUGUUGUGUGCGCGUGUGUGGAGUGUUGUGGUACGUGACAUGCACAGGUCGAAUGCUUUUUACCACAGUGAUUUUAAAUAUGGCAAAGAGAUUAUAAUAGCCUGUUGUAUUUAAAUGGUUCCUACUAUGAUAGCUUUAAAACCUUGUUUCCACUAAUCUAUGCAGCUAAGUGCUUAUAUGUUUGGUAUUUGUGCAUACCUUCCAUGUUUUAAGGCUCUGAUUGUUGAUGGGGGUGGGGGGUGAAAGAGAUCAAAAUUUUUAAAUUAAAUGUUGCAGUAAAACAUGAAUUAUUUGAAAAAGUUGUGAUGUUUACGGUGUUCAAAUCAGGAACUUGGUUGAAUCCCAUGCGUUGUAAUCCCACUCGUAAUUUUUUUUUGUAAGCUUGGCAUGUGUGUUCUUUUUAAAAGGUUACAUAUUGUCAAGAUUUUCAGCAGUACAAUGUGAAAUGGUGUUAAUAUAAUUAAGCAUUUUCAGCAUGAAAGAACCUUUACUUUAAAUACACCCAACUCUAAAACAACACCCAAUUGUGUUGCUGUGAGUUUGUUUCACACGGAAGAAACGUGACACCUUUCAGAAACAAUGUCGAUUGCGAUAGUGUGUCAUCUCGCCAAACAAUCGAAUUACACGUUGAACUGGUGAAAUGCGUGGAGAUCACAGAUACAACUCUUAACACGUGUGAACAAUCUGAUGUAGGCAUUUUAGAAAACUGACCGUGGUAUGCAAAAAAAGGAAUAACUAAUCUACUUUUGCAAGAUGUUUGGGUAUUUCCCGUGAUGCCAAGCACCCUGAAUGUUUUGCAUCGUACACUUGGCAAAUUAAUUCCUUUUAGCAUCCCCGGCACCAGAAGGUGCUAAUUUCGUGCUAGUCCUUGCCAUGUACUGAUUAGUAACAAAACCUGUUGUUUAAGAAUAUCGUUAAAAACCAUUUGAACCUGGUAUGUAUGUUUGUAUGUGGAACAUCUUUCGCACCGUACGUAGCCAACUGCUAAUCGGAGGUGCGGUCCAUGUAAGCUGUGCAUAAACUAAAUCCAUAAGCUUAGGGCAUCUUCAUAUGUUAUAAAUUUAAAUCCAUGAAUGGUGUAUCAUAUGCAAUGUUCUCUAUAUUUAAAUCAGGUCCAUACUCUUUGGUAAAGUCAUGUAACUUUACCGAAUAGAACCAAAGAGUAUGGACCCUUGCAGUCACGAAAGCUUCAAAUCUAGAAUUAAAUCAGGUCGUUUAUAAAGUUUGUAUAUGUUCAAUAUUUUCAAGUGGCAAGAUCUGAAUCCUGACCAAAACUGGCAUCUGCCCAUCUUCAAACACGUUUAUUCAUUUGUUGGGACGAUGCAAACUGAGCAAUAUAAAUCAAUUGUUGUUUACCUGGUGGCGGUAACCCUGUUGUUGAGUUAUCUAUUGCAUGGAAUAUAUUUCCUGAGGGUGUGGUUCAAAAACAUUGGAAUGUUAAACCUCGUGAAAUAAAUAAUAUGUUUGGUUAUCAA